AACAGCUGUGGAAAUAUUGAUUUUUGAAAUCAAUUCUGCAACUCCAGCGUCGUGCAUUUUAAAGCGUUAAACUAACCGAGAAAAUGUCCUCUAACGGCGAGUGCUUUGUUGUUCUGCCUGUCAACUGUGUCUCUGGCACCCUUAUUGUUGGCCGCAAUGCGGAGGACGAGGCAUCGGUGGGCGUUGCAGAAGAAGUAUGCUACUAUGAUGUCAGCGAAGUACUGGAGGGGAAGACUGAUGGCGGAGCCGCUGCCGAAUCGAGCAACGACGCCUUGCGUGUUAUAUUGCAAAAACCAAAGCCCGGUCUCUGGGGCGGAGAUUUUGGGGCCAACGAACGCGGCCUGGCCGUAGGUCUCACCUGGUCGGCUGGUGAGGAUGAUGCCAAAGACAGCGAUAGCCUGCUGGGCACGGAUAUAGUGCGAUUGACUUUGGCCGUGUCCAGCGAUGUGGAGGCAGCCGUGGACCGUAUUGGGCUGCUGGUUGCUACCCACGGCCAUGAUAACUCCAAGCUCAAUUUUAUUGCGUGUGAUUCCACGGCCGCCUGGCUCAUCAGCUGUGCCGGCAAGGUCUGGGCCGCCGAGAAGGUAGAGUCUAGCUUCCUGCGGCUGCCCAGUGGCGGCCUGACCGUGAGCACCGUCAUUAACAAGUCCAGCGAGGGGCUGGACGCAGAGGCCAGCUUUUCGGCGGCCCAUGAUGCCGAGGCCCAGACGCCAGCCGAAGAUUGGUGUGGGCCCAAGCCAUCGGGCGAUGGCACCUACACCCAGCAUGACAUGUUCGAGACGCUGCGCGCCGCCAGCAACGAGAGUAGCUCCCGGGCAGCCACUGUUUCUGUGCUGUCGUCCAAGGGGAUUUGCUGCCAUUGGUUUACGGCCACGCCCAAUGCAGCUGAAUCCGUGUUCAAGCCAUUUGUUUUCGCACCCAAGCCUCGGAUUUCGCCACUAACGGCCGUUCAGCCUGAGGCUGAAUUAACGCUCCUACACAAAUUGCAUUCGCAGCGCAAGCCAGCGGCCCUUGAGCACUUGCGCAGCCUGGAGCGCUCCUGUGUGGACGAGUUGAACAAUUACUUUUCGCUGCAGGAUCAUGCGAGCGACGAGCUCGACGAACUGCUCAAGGACUGUGUCGAGGCGGAGGUCAAAUUUUAUCGCUAAAAUCGCGAUACUCCAUUCCAAAUAUUGAUAUUCAAAAAAAA